AUGUCGUCUGAAGUUGGGUCAACUCUUUCGACUCCAUUCGUUUUUUUACGACCAAAAAAUAGACGUGAUGUACCUCCUAAAAAAGCACUCAUGACGGCAACAAUACAAAGCUUGCUUAAAGUUGCUUGCAGAUUAUUCAAGAAUUAUGGUGAAGUAAAAGCCAUUUAUACGGAAUCUGGUGAGCUUGUACAAGAAAUUUCUCAAAUUAUUCCGAGUGCAACUUAUUACGUAACUUCAAUUUCUCCUGAUUUUUCAGAAACACAAGAUAACACAGCUGUUGCUAAUUCUCCAGCCAAAUCAGAAAACCCACAAAGCCCUGGAAAGAUCAGAGCUACAACUUCAUACAAUCUUCUAUUUGGCUCCGGAACUGAAUUUACUCCUGAAUAUCGCCAACAACAAGAAGAGCAAAUUCGUCGCGAAGAAGAACAGAGAGCUAAUGAAGAGAAAGCCGAAAAGGAAAGACAGCAGAAAUUAGCAGAAAAAGCAAAUCAAGAAAGACAACAACAAUUCCUUAAGAAAUUCACAAAUAAGAAAGCAGAAGAAAGAAGACUGACCAAAGCAUCAAGAGCUUCUAAUGCAAAAAGAGAAUCUACUGCAAGUGAAAGCCAGAAUAAGCCUUCUGUUCUUGAAGACGAAUAUGAUGACUACUAUUACGACGAUGACUAUAAUUCUCCAAUCAAAUCACAGCAAGCAGGCAAAUCAACGAAAUCAUCAGGAAAACGUCAACAAUUAAUUACUCCAGACCAGCUAAGAAAGAAGAAUGCAGCUUCUAAGCAGAAAAGCAAUAUACCAUCAGCUCAGAAAAGAGCUAGCGAUACUACAGCUCUUAUUUCAACUAAGAAACCAAAAUUUUCAGACAAACCACGUCGUCAAACAGAUGCACCUCGCCUUCAAAAGAAUUCUCAAGCAAGUUCUCGCCAGAGUUCUACAUUGGAUCCUCAAGAUUACUACGAUGAUGAUUAUUACGACGACGAUUACUAUGAUGAUGACUAUUAUGACGACGAAUAUUACGAUUACGUAAGUCCCAAGCGCGGACAGUCCCAGCCAAGUCAGAAAUCAAAAGUUUCAUCAGGAUCAAAGAAUUCAAACACCCCAACGAGGUCAAAGAUGUCGGCCGGACAAUCUCCAAAGAAGGGACGUGGCUCAGAAGCCUCUCAAAGGCCAGGAAAACAAACAUCUCAAAAUAAGCCUCCGAAACAAAGAGCUUAUUCAACAGCCAACGUUGUUUACGACGAAGAUGAGGAUGAAAUCCUUAAUCCAAGAGAAAAAUCUUCAAGAAGUCCAACAAAUAAAACAAAUCGUCGCGGAUCUCCAAAACGAGCCAUGACAGAUGCUUACGAAGCCCCACAGAAUGAUGAGGAAGACGAAUUAAUGGUUGCCCGUGAAAGAGGAAUCAAUUCUCCAGGCAAAUCUCAUAAUAGAAGAAAAUCUCCAAGCAAACGCUCAAGUUCUGCGACCAACAAAGACUCCAACGAUGAUGGCUUCGAAUCAAUCCCAUCAUCCCGUAAUAAAUUCGACAGAACUCCAAAUUCAAAAGAUCAAUACUUAAAUCAGUCUCAAAAACGCUCAUCCAAGGUCAACAUCAUUGAUGAGGAAGAAGAUCAGUUCGAAUUCGAAGCAGAGAAGAAGCCAGCUGCCAAAGGAAAUACAGAUUCAGACGAAGCAGCUUUAGCUCGUUCCCAAGAGAUCCUCGAGAUGGACGAAAUGAACGACCAAUUUAUUUUCGAGGAAAAUGGUUCUCGUACAUCGAGUCUCGAGAUGUUAUUAAAAGAAAUGUUAAAUAUCGAAGAAAUUCCGCAGCCAUUUGUCAAAGCGUUGAAGGCGAUGAAGGCCCGUGAUAGGAACUUCAUCAAGACCACUCCAUUCUUAGAAUGUCUCCAAGAAGAGAACUGGUUCAGAUUAAACAUGAAUCUUGUCAGACAACAGCUCCCUGUAGAUUCGCAUAUCUCAAUGAUCGAAUUAUUGAAGACACAUGCGAUCAAGAAUAUCGCUAAGCAUAGAUUUGCUAUUCCUGGCGGAUCAUCUUAUCAAAUUAAGACAGCGAUCGUCGGACCACGCCAUUCCGGUAAAUCUACAUUCCUUUCUAUAUACGCUGAAUCAUUGCUUUGCGAUUUAGUUGCUACAAACAUGUACAAGAAGACAUUUGUUUUUGCCGUUAAUGUUUUAGCCAUCAGAGGCUUCUGCUCAACAUUCGAAGGCCUUUAUACAACAAUUAUUGACCUCUGCAUCGACUAUUUGGCCGCCCAAAGACCUCUUGUCACUGAAUACAUUCCACAGAUCAGAAAACUCUUUACAAAUGUUGUCAAAACCGCCAAAAGUUUUCCAUCCAUUCCAAUUUCCUCCAAAUUGUAUCAGGACCAGCCAUUGUUCGCCCAGGCACUCUGCAAGAUCGCAAAAACAGUUUGGAUGAUUUUCAACGAUGAAACCGCUUUGACACAAUUUUUGACAACUGUUUUUAUGUUGCCAAGAAUGUUUGCAACAGCCGCCGGCUUCAGCGAUGUCUUGUUCAUCAUCGACAACUUCGAUUACGCGUCAUUUGACAUCAACGAUGACACGAAAUUCACGAAAUCGAACAAAGUUUUCACUGUCGAAGAAUAUUGGAAAUUCUCGCUCCGAAACUCGAAUUUCGUGAUUUCCUGCGAGUCAGAUGACCGCUUCUACACAAUCCUCGAGCCAUUGAUCGAUGGAGGCGUAGAUCUCUCGAACGGAAUCGACUUUGUUUCGACCAUCGGAAUGUCAGAUGACAACGACGACGGAGUUGUGAUCAAAGUCGACAUUGAAGGUCUGAAGAGGCCAUUCACGUUCACGAGAGCUCACUGCGGAGGUGUCGUGGCGUUCCUGCACACGUGGGAGGAGCUGAACGAAGAGUUCACGAACUACGAGAUGACAGAAGAAGACUCAAUAGAGAAAGAGGAAAUGAAGUUGAUGUUAGUUUCAUUGACUCAGACCGUCAUCGACGAUUUGUUCGUUAAUCCUAACCCUGCUUCUGAAGAAGAGGCAAGGCAAAAUGCUAUACUUGUUACUGGUGUUCGUAGAGAUGUUCAUUAA